AUGUCGUUAGCGGUGGACCAGUUCCUUCCGGCAAGGGAAGUAGGCCAUUCAAACAAGAAUCAGGAACAGUCGUAUCCCGAGUCCCUUCGAGACGAGUCCCAGGAACACAUCUAUUCGUCUCCUGACGACAAAUACCAUGAUUACACCAUAUUCGACAACUUCUACUCUACAGAAGACAAAUCCCAGCCCGCGCCCGAAGCUCCGGCUUUGCCUCAAAGGAGCUCGUUGAGGGCUUCGCGGUUGCUCGACGACAUCAGCCUCAAGCUUGGCCCGUCGAUUGACUCGACGGAGCUCCCCCAAGCAACGCCUCUCGAUAUGUAUCUGUCUUCGGAAGAAGAUGUUUCCUCCUCCGCCGACGACUUCUCAGACUAUGGCGAUAACUACGGCUACGACUCGAGCAACGAAGACCCGCAAUCACCCAUUCGACGGACAAGCUACGAGGUGAUGGCAAGGGCUGUGUCGGUCGUGUUCUCGGGAAAGCCCUCGAUCAUAGAGCUCCCAACGCCGCGAAGGUCGAUCUCUCCUAACUCGAUUGGUUCCAGCAAGCGUUCAAGCAUGUAUUCGUCCAUCUCGGCGAUCGAGCGGUCCUCGACACCGACGGGGUCUAUCUCAUCAUUGCACCAGCCGACGAGGACGAGCACCCUCGUCUCGUCCUUCUUGCCGUUGAGGCGAAAACCACCUUUCCUGAAUAUCGAUCCAUAUGCGAAUGGGAGCACUUACUCGCUUGAGAUUCUCAAGGAGAAUAAUGGGGACGAGGCAGCACCGAAGACGCCAAGGACACCAACCGCACUGCUGAGGGGGGCGUCGAGGACGUUCAGCCUGGUCAGGAAAAGGAGUAGGCCGCUCCUGAAUAACUUUGCUGCCGUGGCAUCCCGGGACAAUAUGACCUCCCCGGCACCUUCCUUGACACAGCCGCGGGAGGUGCAAGAGGAGACACGCAGGGCGCCGGAGCUACCACAGUCGCCACAAUCACCGCAGUCCCCAAUCACAUAUAACGACAUCAUCAAGGCGGCAAGGAAGAAUGCCAUGGUUUCGCCGCCACACCCAUCACCGACACAUCAGCAACAGUCACCUCUUGCGUCCCCGACAACUGGGCCUAAGAGAGGCAUCUUGAGUGGUCUUGCUGCGAGACGGCGGAGCAUCAAGUUGACGGGCAGGUUGAUAUGA